GUUGUCUUCUUCUCAAACAUAUCUAAACUUAUCGUUUGAAACUAAAAAAGAAGAGACCACCAAACAAAAACAAAAAUGGCGUCCAAAACCAUCUUCUUCUCUUUCUUAGUCGUCUCCGCCGUGUGUUUGUCCACUCUCGCCGGUUUUGUCGCCGCCGAUGCUGACGAUUUUGACCUUUUCCAGAUUCAGGGAUCUGUUUACUGUGACACCUGCCGUGUCCAAUUCGUUACCCGUCUCAGCAAAUUCCUCGAAGGUGCGAAAGUAAAGUUGGAGUGCAGGAGCAGAACAAACGGAACCCUAACGUUGACUAAAGAAGCCAUUACCGACAAAUCAGGAAGCUACAAGAUUGAAGUAACCGGUGAUCACGAAGAAGAACUUUGCGAGCUCGUGUUGGUCCAAUCACCAGACAGUGGUUGCAGUGACGUAAGCAGAGACGCCUACUUACGUAACGCCGCUAAGAUCAGUUUAACAGCGAAUGACGGAAUCGUCUCUCACGAGACACGUAUCGUUAACCCUCUUGGUUUCAUGGUUAAGACGCCAUUAGCCGAUUGUCCCGCUGCUUUCAAGGAGCUCGGUAUUGUACCUGACGUCAUCUUUUAAGCGAAGAAGAAGAUAUAUUACGUCAGAGAUAUAAAUUUCUACAUGCUUAAUCUUGAAGGGUUUUCCGUCAAAUUUAUCAAUGAUUUAUUGUUAUGAAUUAAUAUCUACAUCAUUUAUUGAGGUUAAUUUCUCGCUUUUUGUUCUUGUUUAAUUUGAAUUGUGAGCCAUACUUGCGUUGUUAUACAAUGAUGAGGACAUUAUCAUU